CGAGAAAUAGUUUGCGACAAAAUCCUGUUACUCUUGUCACUGAUAUCUAGAGGUGCUCCAAUUCUUAGUGAGGAGGAGCCGCGAGUUUUGUCGCAUGGUUUCGUAUGAAAAUUGUUCGUAAAGGAUCAUAGGCUUGGUUGAGCAAUUUGCUAAUACUCAUGCUUUUGUAGCAUUUAUUGGGGUUCUCGAAAACAACCGAACUCUUACUUAAAGGCUUCAGUAAAUGUCAUAGCGACAUUCGAGUGGAAUUGCUAAGUCGAGGUAGUCGACAUGGUUUGAGCAUUGCUUCUUACUUAACGGAACAAGCAUGUAGCCUUGACAAUGUAUCUAUCCAAUCAUAUAGGGAUACUGCACCCAUUAGAUUGCUGCUUGUAUACACAUCUGUUAUGAACACAAUUCCCUACUUUCAAAACAUGCAGCAUCGAUUGGGCCCUGAGACACAGAUUCUGUUACUUAAUCAAGGUGUCUCGGGAACUGUAAACUGUUACAACAUCUUAAGGCGCAAAGGAUUAAGGUCGCAGUUGUUUAUGGGUAAUCUGGAAUUCCCAAGACACGCUGAAGAAACAAGGCAGACGAAUUGUCUUGUUUCCAUAAAACUGGCUCGUUUAAAAGACUCUGAGAACAGUUCACAUUUAUCUCAUACAGUCGAUACUUUGAACAUGCUCGAAACGGACCUAAUAUCUGUUGACAAAAAAGAGCUCUCCCUUCUACUUAAAGACCAACUAAUAUCCGCGUCAGCCAUAUACAUCCACAUGGCUCGAGAAAUCAUAGGAGCGGCCGUAAAUCAAGUCGAUGUCCUGACCUUUGCCAAAAGCAAAUUGGGUAUGAGCCUUGUCAAGGACUGGGAGGAACGAGUGAAGCAUACAGCCUUUUUCUUUCCGGCAGACACACUCGUACCGCUUCUUUAUGAACGGUUGAAGUGGCCUAAAGAGCGACUACUUGAAGCCAUUCGUGCCGACUGGAUAUCUCCAACGACAAAAUUGCAAAAGAAGCAUUUUACGGAGGUAAUGUUUUCUGUCUUUUCUAAUUGGAAAAAGUUAGAGGGGAUCAUGCCUAUUCUGUUGAGCAUGUACGCAACGGGUAAAGGCGGAAAUGUUCGGCACGACAUGUUUUAUUGAUAGGGACAGUACACUUUGAAUGACUGAUAUGUAAUCGUAUGUAUAAUUAUAACAUUUAUCAAGGCGCACCUGACAAAAUGGAGACUUUUAAUGGCAGUUGAGGACUCAUCGUUGGAAGUAGGAGAGAUGUCCUGAAGUUUUUGUUCAGACUUUUUCUUCAGUCCGUCACAAACACGUUGGCCAUACUGACUCCCCUUUAAAAUCGUUCUUCUUCUACAAAGAAAAGCUUAGUGUAAAAUUACUUUUGUCAUUUCCGCUUUUCGGAACUUCAAUAUCUCAUUUCCCAAUUUCCUUUCUCUAUAAAUGAUUUAUCAUAUUUUUCC